CUGCCACGUCAAAAGACGAUCGAGACAGAGAAGGGCUGUUUAAAUAUUCAUGAGACCAGUGGUGAUGGGCGGGCCGGAGGAGGGGCCAGCGGGAGCUUGAUUAGUAGUUAUGAAGGGGCGUGGCUAGAUGGUGGAUAAGCAGAUGGUAUUUAUGUAUGUCUGUGCCAUGGAGAACAAUAAAGUUUAGGAGAAGUGACGUCACGGGGGCGGGAGAAGUGGGCACGUGGGCUGCAGCUGAUGUAAAUGAAUUGAUGGCUACAAUGUAACCCGCUGCGGAUACUGAGGAGGUCAGAGCUCGUGACGGUACCGGCAAUUCUAAUCUACGGAGACCCGGGAACCGUGCGGCCCCUCCCAGCCUCGGUCCACGUGACCUCGAGGGAUUCCGGGACUUUUGAUGACGCGUUGGCCGUGCUCUGUGUGAUGGGCUCAGGAUGCGCUGCCCGCUCUGCCAUGUCCUGGUCGCGGUGACUCUGCUGUGUAACGUGCUGCUGCUGUACUACACCUGGCACCUCCACGUCCGCCCGGCCGCCCGCCCUCAGUCAUCACUGUCUGCCGGAGUCACCAUACUGGUGCGGGAGUUCCGUGCCUUUGAGCAUGGCCUGGCAGAGUUACACCACUCCUUUCUGCGUGCCCGCCCCUCUCUGCAGAUCCUCGUGGCAUCUGAGAUGGCUCCGUACCCACCUGUGCCUGGCAUCACCCUGCUGAGGCUUCAGCCGUCCCCGGAGAAACCCGCAACAGCGUCCCGCCUGGAGGCCCACGUUCACACCCGCCUGGUGGCCCUGGUCCCGGAUGGUUGUGCCCUGGAUCCUCCUGAUCUUCUGGAGAGAAUGGCGCGAGGACUGAGGGAUGCUCCGCCUGGAGUCAGACUUGUGGCGGCCGGAGCUGGCACCACCCUGCGCUGUCUGCACCUAAACGUGUCUCAGAGGGAGUGGACGGCGCAGUACCGACCGGCAGGCGCAGGAGAACUCUGUGGGGCGGUGUCUGGAGCUGCCGUCAUUCUAAUGCGGUCCCGAGACUUGUUUGACUUGCCCCACCCUCUCUCCCGCCCCCUGCAGGCGGCCAUAUUUAUUCAAGCUGCUCUGAGGGGAUGGAAGGUGAAGGUGGUUGAUGACGUCAUGUUUCCUCGCACUCCUUUCCCAGCCACUGACCAUGGCCGCUGGAAGGCAGAGCAGGCGGAGCGAGCUGAGGAGGCGGCCACCAUGCGGGCGCUGAACGUGAGGCUGGUGCGUGGUCUGGACGGAGGGGAUCGCUGGUUUGGCUGCACCAAGGAGACCCCACGCUGCUUUGGGACUGUGGUUGGAGAGACCCCCGAUUACCUGUAUGAGGGGCGCUGGACUCCCCCAUGCUGCCUCCGGGCCCUAAGGCUGACUGCCCUCCAUGUCAUUAAGGUCCUGGAGGCAAACAACGUGCGGUACUGGUUGGAAGGGGGGAGUCUACUGGGGGCCGCCCGACAUGGAGACAUCAUCCCCUGGGACUAUGACGUGGAUCUGGGAAUCUACCUUGAAGACGUCACCCUGUGUCCUGAGCUGCGGGGGGCUCAGGGUGGGUCCCUCAUAGAUGAAGAGGGCUUUGUGUGGGAGCGGGCAGUGGAGGGAGACUUUUUCAGGGUCCAGUACAGUCAGAGUAACCACCUCCAUGUUGAUCUGUGGCCCUUUUACCCCCGGGAUGGGCUGAUGACCCGGGACUCUUGGACCGGGCACCCGCAGGACAUUGAGUUUCCAGAGAGUUUCCUCCAGCCCCUGCAGACGCUGCACUUUGCUGGUUCUUUAGUUCAGGCCCCAAAUCGCCACGUGGAGCUGCUGAAGAUGAAGUUUGGUGAAAGAGCCAUAGAGGUUCCUCAGUAUCCCAACCCCGCGGUACUGAAGAUGGAGGAGCGGUGAGGCCGGAUAUUAGAGGGGCCACAACUGGAAGGCUGGGUUCACACUACGUUGUUCAACUACGGUUCCCGCAUACGUUUUCUAUCAAAAACCGUUUUGGGGAAAAAAAACGGAUGGAACAGUAUGGGGGGAAAAAAGUAAACCGUAUGCGUUUUUUUUAAACAGUAUACUGUUUUUAAAAGUGCAUUCUGUUCCGUCCGUUUUUAUUUAAAAAAAAACAUACGUUUUUGAAAAUUUUGUCCAUUUUUAAUGGGAGGGGACUUUAGGAUGCAAAUGCGCAUGUGCAAAGAAAAAACGCAUACGGUUUUGCCAUAUGGAACCGUAUACAUGCGCAUUUCCCAUUGACGUCCGUGUUAAAAAAAAAAAAAAAAAAAGGGUUAUGCGGUUGCAAUACGGUUUUAAAACUGGAGUCAAACCCGUAGUUGAACACGGUUUGGAGUACUGUUAAAAAACUAUUGCAAGCAAACCGUACGCAACUGUAUGCUUUAGGGUGCAUACGGUUUGCAAUGCUUUGCCUAUGUAUACGGUUUUCAGUACCGUUCCAUACGUUUUCACUAAUGAAAACGUAUGCAGGAACCGUAGUUGAAAAACGUAGUGUGAACCCAGCCUAAAAGGGGUACUCCGGUGGAAAACAUUUUUAUUUUAAAUCAACUGUUGCCAGAAAGUUAAACAGAUUUGUAAAUCA